AGUUCAGAGUGACAGUUGCCCUGAAUUUUUGUUAUAGGCUCCUGAGAUUAAAGCCUGAAUUUCCUGCGCUGAGCUGCCUAGGUACUGAGGUGCUGUUGUUGUUGGAGGGGUUAACUUCGGAGCCACUGGUGCAUAUAUUUGAGGGAGGAUUCAUAAAAACACGAGAGUGGAGCCUGGGUAAAUCCAUUACUGUGAAUGAGCGGUGGCCAAUAGAAAGGGAAGAAGAAGAUCCAAGAAGGCUGAGGUACUAUAAUGGCAACCACAAUCUGUUUCGUCAUCUGGGUAUUAUUCAUAACAGAUACUGUGUGGACUCGAAGUGUGAGACAGGUCUAUGACGUAGGUGAUCCAGAGGAUUGGGCUAUGCAUGACUUUGACUGUCCCAGGGAAUGUUUCUGUCCCCCUAGUUUCCCUACUGCUUUAUACUGUGAAAAUAGAGGUCUCAAAGAAAUCCCUCCUAUUCCUUCAAGGAUCUGGUAUCUUUAUCUUGAGAACAACCUGAUAGAAACCAUUCCUGAGAAGCCAUUCGAGAAUGCCACCCAGCUGAGAUGGAUAAAUCUAAACAAGAACAAAAUAACCAACUAUGGGAUUGAAAAAGGAGCCCUGAGCCAACUAAAGAAGCUGCUUUUCUUAUUUCUGGAAGAUAAUGAGCUAGAGGAGGUACCUUCCCCAUUGCCAAGAAGUUUAGAACAAUUACAGUUGGCUAGAAACAAGGUGUCCAGAAUCCCUCAAGGGACCUUCAGCAAUCUGGAGAACCUGACCCUUCUUGACUUGCAGCACAAUAAACUACUAGACAAUGCCUUUCAAAGAGACACUUUCAAGGGACUCAAGAACCUAAUGCAGCUAAACAUGGCCAAGAAUGCUCUAAGGAAUAUGCCACCGAGAUUACCAGCCAAUACAAUGCAACUGUUUUUGGACAACAAUUCUAUUGAAGGAAUACCAGAAAAUUAUUUUAAUGUGAUUCCUAAAGUGGCCUUCCUACGACUAAACCACAACAAAUUGUCAGACGCAGGUCUCCCUUCUAGUGGUUUUGAUGUAUCCUCAAUACUAGACCUUCAGCUAUCUCACAAUCAACUCACCAAGGUCCCUCGAAUCAGUGCUCACCUGCAGCACCUUCACCUUGACCAUAACAAAAUUAAAAAUGUGAACGUCUCUGUAAUAUGUCCUACCAUACUGCCUGGAGAACAAGAUUCCUUCGGUUAUGGACCUCACCUUCGCUACCUCCGUCUUGAUGGAAAUGAAAUCAAACCACCAAUCCCAAUGGAUUUAAUGACCUGCUUCAGGCUCCUUCAGGCUGUCAUUAUUUAAACACAUCUUUAACAAUCUAAAAUUGGUUUCAUGGGCUAAUAUUUCUGAAAUGAAAUUUGGUCACUAUUCAUAACUUUAAGACAAAAGUCACAUUCCAGUGGUGCUCUCUUGCCACCAUUUUUGUUUGUGAAGCUUAUGUUUUCUAUUCAAAGAUGCUUUCACCAAUGAUAUGUAGCAUGGUUAGCUUUUCUUUAAUUAAUAUAACAGACACAGAGUUAAGAUAGUUUGUCAACUUAUCAACUCAAAGAUAGUUCUUUUUUGUCUCUUUCACAGCUUACUCAUAUCAAAUAAUGCAAUUGUACUGUUAUGCAAUAUAAAAGCCAUAUUUGUGUGCAUGUUCAAAAUUGCGUAUGCAGAUACUAUAUUGAUCGUAGGAACACAGUAAUCUAACAGGAGGUAAGGAGAUCUAUAAAAAACUGAAACAAUGAGAUAUUUUUUCAUCAUAAUUAAUUGCAGAUUGCUACAUAGUAUUUGUAGGUAUAAGUUUGGUAUUUAGCUCAAGAAUGGAUAUAAAAUGUAUUAAAUACUUACUGUAGUCAUUUAAUACCAAAUAACAGAGCAACAUCAGUUUUCAGUUCACUACUAUUUUUUAUAGCUGCUGUUCUUAGAUAUAGUACAGUGUAUUCUCUCUAUUAAACCAAGUACUAAGUUUUAUAUUUCUUAUAACACAUUUCUGAAAGAAUCUUAGUGUUUUAACAUUUGAAAUCCACUUGAAUUGCAAAUUGUUUAGCUCUUAUAUUCGCUAGUGGUUUUGGAUUUUUUAAAUAAAAAGAGUGAAUGCUUUCUAACAAAAUGGUACCAAAAUAUUUAUUUCAAGGGCAUUAUUUACAAGUUUUAUUAAGAACAUAUUUUAAUAAAAAGUGUUUAAGUAACAAUAAUUUCCAUUUUUCUACCAUGAAUAUAUGCAAAUAUAUUUCCCCCUACUUUUGUUUUUCCUUUUCUUCUUGAAAACAUAAGAAAAAAAUUAUACUCAAAUCACUUAACAUAAUACACCUACUUCUCAUGAGUUAAAAAGGUAUAACCCAGGAUAUCAUUAAGUAAUAAAGUAUCGUUUACAUUAGA